UUACGAUAACAAAACGAACAUAUAUCGACACUCCGCUCGUUAUCGCGGUCGAGUGGCACGACUCGCACAAUCGACGGUCAUCGCUCGACGACGUCGGACGAAUGCGCGACACGUCAUAUAUUUUUAACUGCCACUGCAGGUCUGAACUACGCGAACUACGCGAUGAACACGAGCCACGAAUCGCUCAAGCUGUGGCUGUCGGACGUGCUGACGGCCGACGGGGCGUACGGCGCAACCGUCGACCGGCCGGCCUCGUUCGACCCGGACAGGGAUCCGCGGCACGCGUCCCGGCCCAAACAGACGCAGCGGCUGUCGUCGGUCGUGGCGUCCGGGCGGCUGACCGUACCAGCCUGCGGCGGGUCGCAUGCCGCCACGGACACCCGGCUGACCGUCAAGCUCAAGCCACCCGUUGAAUUGCUGCGCACCGUGCUCAAGUCCGACCGGCAGUUCCACAACGAGAUGCACGCGUACCAGAACGUGGUGCCAUUCCUGUUCGAACACCUGCCAGACGGGGCCCGCGGGCCCGCGCUCCCCGUGUUCGUGUACGGCCGCAACGAGUGCGGCGCCCGGUGGUCGGAGGACGUCAUCGUGCUGGAAGACCCGCGCAACCACGGUUACGUGCCCGCCCGCACUCCAGAACACGUGGCCGGAGCCGGCAGCGCGCACAUGGACUACGGCCACCUGGCCGUGGCCAUCGCCGCGCUCGGCCGGUUCCACGGCAUGUCGUUCACCGCCAAGCAGAAGAACCCCGUGGCGUUCCGCAAGCUGGUGGGCAACCUGCGCGAGAUCCAGUGGGACGAGGACGGAUGGCUGGUCAAGGGAAACGGGCUCAAGUCGAUGAGCAUGCGCGGCGCCCGGCCGCUGAUGGACCAGGACAAGUACCGGGACGGCAAGCUCAAGGGCUUCCUGACCAUGAUCCGGGAGGCGGACCGCAAUCUCAAGCUGGCGAUGACGCCCAAGGAACCGUUCGCGGUCAUAUGCCACGGAGACUACUGCAAGCCAAACAUACUGUUCGAGUACGACGACGCCGGACAUCCACGGGACGCCAUGAUCACUGAGUUCACAGCCGUCAGGUA